UCUGCUGGUGUCAGAGCCCGGCGAGCGUUGGCAGUUCCGCGGCGGGGAUGCUGAGGAGCGCUGGGUUGACGAGCAGCCGUGGCCACUGCGGACUUCCGAGGCACUCCGGGCCGUGAAACCCCUGGGCCGCCGCCAAUCCCAGGUUCCUGAGGCCAUUCCCCGCUCCUGAAGCCGGCCGAGGCGAGAGUCCAGCGGAGCAGCGGCAGUUCCCUGAUUCUGGGCUUUCGUAGCGUUCUGGAACCCCGAGAGACACCCCGGGGCUCUAGAACCUCCCCAGCGGCCCCCAGUCCCGGCUUCCUGCGUGCGUCUGUCCAAAACCCCCUCGGUUGCACAGGUCGCCGGCGAGCCGUGGCCGUGUCCUGGCACACACCAUGAUCGUUGCAGACUCCGAGUGCGGCGCGCAGCUGAAGGGCUACCUGCCAUUCUCCCCGGGCGGCGGCGGCGGCCCUGGGGCCGGGGAGGAGCAAAGGGGAAGUCGGGCUCGGCGAGGUCCCCGAGGGCCCAGCGCCUUCAUCCCGGUGGAGGAGGUCCUUCGGGAGGGAGCAGAGAGCCUGGAGCAGCACCUAAGACUGGAGGCGCUGAUGUCCUCCGGGCGGGUGGACAACCUGGCGGUGGUGAUGGGUCUGCACCCUGUCUACCUUAGCAGCUUUUGGCGCCUGCACUACCUCCUGCUGCACACAGAUGGGCCCCUGGCCAGCUCCUGGCGCCACUACAUUGCCAUCAUGGCUGCCGCCCGCCACCAGUGUUCCUACCUGGUGGGUUCCCACAUGGCUGAGUUUCUGCAGACCGGUGGUGACCCUGAGUGGCUGCUGGGCCUUCAUCACGCCCCCGAGAAGCUGCGCAAGCUCAGUGAGAUCAACAAGUUGCUGGCACACCGGCCGUGGCUCAUCACCAAGGAGCACAUCCAGGCCUUGCUGAAGACGGGCGAGCACAGCUGGUCUCUGGCGGAGCUCAUCCAGGCCCUGGUCCUGCUCACCCACUGCCACUCGCUGGCCUCCUUCGUGUUUGGCUGCGGCAUCCUCCCUGAGGGGGACCCGGAGGGCAGCCCUGCCACCCAGGCACCUUCACCCCCCAGUGAGCAGAGCAGUCCCCCCAGCAGGGACCCGAUGAACAACUCUGGGGGCUUUGAGGCUGCCCGAGACGUGGAAGCUUUGAUGGAGCGCAUGAGGCAGCUGCAGGAGAGCCUGUUACGGGAUGAGGGGGCGUCCCAGGAGGAGAUGGAGAGCCGCUUUGAGCUGGAGAAGUCGGAGAGCCUUCUGGUGACUCCCUCAGCUGACAUCCUGGAGCCCUCUCCACACCCAGACAUGCUGUGCUUUGUGGAGGACCCCACUUUUGGAUAUGAGGACUUUACUCGGCGAGGGGCUCAGGCGCCCCCCACCUUCCGUGCCCAGGAUUAUACCUGGGAAGACCAUGGCUAUUCACUAAUCCAACGGCUCUACCCUGAGGGUGGGCAGCUGCUGGAUGAGAAGUUCCAGGCAGCCUAUAGCCUCACCUACAACACCAUCGCCAUGCACAGUGGAGUAGACACCUCCAUGCUCCGGAGGGCCAUCUGGAAUUAUAUCCACUGUGUCUUUGGUAUCAGAUAUGAUGACUAUGACUACGGGGAGGUGAACCAGCUCCUGGAACGGAACCUCAAGGUCUAUAUCAAGACGGUGGCCUGCUACCCAGAGAAGACCACCCGAAGAAUGUACAACCUCUUCUGGAGGCACUUCCGCCACUCAGAGAAGGUCCACGUGAACUUGCUGCUCCUGGAGGCCCGCAUGCAGGCUGCCCUUCUCUACGCCCUCCGUGCCAUCACCCGCUACAUGACCUGACUGUGAGCAGGAUCUGGGCCCGGAGCAGCUGACCCUGGGGGCAUCCUCCUCCCUGCAAGGACUUCUCUUUCUGGAGACAGACCCCGGUCCUUUUCUGUCCCAGCCCCCCCUCCCCACUCAGGAGGGGGGCUUGUGUGUGACGUGCAGCCCCCGAGCUGUACCCUCCUUUUUCUCACCAGAACGGACAGGAUCAUUGCAUUGACUCUGACAUCUCAGCUCUGCCCUCGGGAGCUGGAAGAGGAGGACUAGCGGAUCCCAAGAGACCACGCCCCUCUUCCUGCCCCUGACCCGAGGCAGAGGGCACCGGAGGGAAAAGGAGCUGAGCUCAGACUCGCGUGCCAGCAGGCUGGGCCGCAGGCAUCACAAAAUACCGCGGCCUUCCUGGACUUGGAAGUCCCUGGCUGGCCCCCGAAGGAGAGGGGCAGACGCCUCCCGGGACUGACACUCCAAGCAGCUUUGCCCUUCCUCCUCCUCCUUCCCUCCCAGAUUUCAUUACCUCUCACCUGCCAUUCACCCAUCAAUGUGAAAGUCCGUGUCACAGCUGGUCUGUGUGUUCGGCUCCCAAGAAGCCCGUUCUGUUGGGCAGCCUGAAGCCCCCCGUUUCCUAGUUGCCCUAAUCCUAGUUUAGCGCCUCUGACCUCCUUCAUCUUCUUGCUCUGUUCCCCCAGGCCUGGUGGGUGAGGCCCCGGGAGAGAGAGCAAGCACAUCAAAAAAGUAGAUUAUCUCCAGAGAGCUUGGGGUGUCGGUGGGUCCCUUUGCCUUCUGAACGGGAGGGAGGAUUAUAAAUUUCCUGUAUUUUGGUUCUUGGUGGGUGAGGUUCUUCGGGGCCUCCAUUCUCUAGCCACAGGCAAUGCCUGAGAGGAGAAGGACAAGGAGAAAGCUGUUCUGCGCAGAGCUGCACCUGCCCUUCAGGGACGGCAUCCCACUCUCCCAUCUCCCGUGGCUCUGCCACAGACAUUUCCCGACCAGUGAGCCUUCCUACGCGGCUUAGGAGGAAGGGGCCCAGGAGGGAGAGUCAGGAGACCCCAGGGUUCUUAUUUGGGUGCGGCCCAAACUGGUCAGGUGACCACGGGGCUAUGUUGCCAAACAUCUUUGACCUCCGUUUUUACAGUUGCACACUGAGGGCUGAUCCGUUACGUGAUGUCCGAGUCUCCUCUGGGCUUCUCAGGCCAGCCCGCCAGCAGCAAAGUGCAAAUCUUGCAGAAUCUCAAAGGCCUCUAGGGACACCCCGCCCUGGCAGUCAGUCUCUCCUGGCCACCUUCCAAGGACAACUCCCCACCCCAGUUUCUGGCCCCUCCUCGAUUUUAGGUGGAUUGCUCGGAGGCAGAAGCGGCCAAGGACCAAUCCCAGGCACUUUCUGUAGCAAAUAAGCUGUGAAUUAUGACGGCCCUUGCCUCUCUUCUGGCAGUAUGUGCCUCCUCUCUGACCAGUUUGGAGGUUACUGAAGAAAGGCAAGGGUCAUGCUGCUGCUGCUUCUGACCCUCGUCUCUGGAGAGGGGCAGAAGAGGAGUCCGUUCAGCGUGCCACAUUUCACACCCAUGCAGGCAUGGGGAGACAGCUGGCACCCCUUUCGGGCCUCAGGCCCUCUGUGCGAUAAAGCUGAACAGGAGGGGAGAGGCUCCAGCAUUGGGGUUCUGAUUCUAGAAGGGACAUCAUGACUCUGUAAAUGUCCCCCGGGGAGUUCGGGAGGGGUAUCUAGUGUUCAAGUGCAGAAAUCUUUGGCUUUGCUACCAGUUCUGUAUGCUGAGAAAUAAAAGUCCACUGAGGUUUUGUUUUGUA